UAUCGCUCAGAGCACACCGCUGCACGCACACCUUGAGCGCGUCGUCGCCCUCGCCCGAGAAGGUAAAGGCGGCGAGCUGGCCGGGGCGCGGCGCAUCGGCGGCCGCGGCGACCUUGACGCGGCGGGCGGACAUGGCAGGCAGCGAGGUGCAGAAGCGGCGCAGGGAGAUGUAGCGGGUGGUGGUGGAGGAGCGGGCGGCAGCAGCGAGCGCCGGCGGCAGAGGCAUGCGCAGCGGCGAGAGUGCGGCGACGGUGCUGCGGCAAGGGCGCAGGGCGAAGAGGAGGUGGCUUGAGGGCGUAGAGUGAGGUACGGAGCGAGGCACCCAGAUGGCCUGGGCCGCCCCUUUAUGUGCCUGCGCUGCUGACAGCGGCCCGAUGGCGCACGCAGGGUGCAGAGACGCACGCACGCAGAGCGCAGCGGCGGUGCGGGGUGGAGGUUCAGGUGCGCGCCUGGCGCGUGCGCAUCGCCGCGCCGCCUGCCACGCGCCCUGCAUUGGUCAUCCGCAUGCCGUGCUCCCUCGAGCCCCGCAGCCGGGCCCGGCGCCUAGGAGCUGGCUGCUGCACACGGCUGUGAGCACGCUCGUCAGUCCGAGCGCGAGUCCGUGCUGCGUGGUGCUCUCGCUGCUCUGCGCGGGGAGCACGAGGACGGCGGCCGCGGCUUGGGCAGCGCUCAAAAGGCGCGCUCUGGGACGCCUCGCGUCUGACGUCACGCGCUCGCGGCUGCAGCACGCUUCCUCCGCGCCCUUCGCACCCCCUCGCACACGUCAAAUGUCGCCGAGCUCAUCUCCACUCUCAUUGCUGGCAGCGAGCAGUCUGCAGCGCCUGGCAUCGUCAGGAGAAGCGAUGGUGCAUGUCAAACAAAGCCUAUGCAGAAGCGGCUGCGGCAGGCAUCGCUGUGCUGCAGGUCGACAGGCUCGGGGCCGGGCAGCCCGGCGGCACAGGCUCACGGCACGGUGCAGAGCGAUCCAACGAGCGGCACGGUGCUGGCUGCAGCGUCUCGUGGGUGGUUUGCAGCGAGCGCAAGCUUGCGCCGUCGGCUGGCUGCGCGUGGGCUGUGACGGGCCACGGCGCUGAGCGCAUCGUUCUCAGCGAGAGGGCAUGCUGGCUGCUCUGCGUUGGCUGGCACCAAGAGGCGCAGUGGACGAGAGAGCGGAACGCGUUGGUGGGGUUGCAGUAAGAGUUCGGGGUGCUGCUGCUAUCCGCCUUGUGGACAGAUCCGUGCGCUGCGCUGCUCAGUGCCGGCUGCGUGCGCCGGUGAGCUCGGCUGAGUAGAAGCAGAUGCCCUGCUGCAGUGGGCGUAGCGUCAGGCGAGGCCCUUGCACUUGCACUUGCCCCUUCUGAUGCGUGCGCACUCACA